AUGGGUAAUGAAUUGAAAGAGUGGAUUGAGGAGCAGCAAAAGAAAGAGCGUGACAGACGUGCUGAGGAUAGGGACGCGUCGCGAAUAGCGCACGAACAGGAGAUUGCUCGUCUGGCGGCGGAACAAAGUCUGCUGGAGGCUAAGUGUCGUCUUGCUGAGCGCACGGCGGGGACGGUUGGAACCAGUGGAGAGCGCGUGGAAGCCAGCAGCGAAGCCUUCAGGAGCCCCCACAAGCUUAUUCCUCCCUACAAUGAGGGCCGCGACGAACUCGACGCGUACAUCCAGCGCUUCGAACGGGUAGCCACCAGCCAGGGAUGGCCAAGCGACAGGAAACACGGCCACCAAGCUGACGAGUGUCCGAAUGUAAAGAGCCGCAACAAGGAAGCGUCAAGUGCUGUUGCCGACUAUGACCGUGCGCCUGUUGCCCGAAACAAGGAGAACUUGGAUUCUACCCCUUCAUCAGCAGAGGAAAGUACAUCAUCGGCAAAAGAAGAUAUUUGUCUUGGUCUGCUAAGACAAGAGAUGCCAACGGCAACCGGAUAUCUCGAUGGACAGCCUGUGACGGUGCUAAGAGACUCGGGCUGCAAUACCGUGGUGGUCAAGCGUUUGCUGGUACCGGAAAAUAAUUUCACCGGUAUCACACGUACUGUGCACCUUCUCGACGGCUCGUCGAGGCAGCUUCCCGAGGCAAAGGUGUACAUCGACUCUCCGUUCUUCCGAGGACCGACACUGGCACUCUGCAUGGAAAAGCCACUCUAUGAUGUCGUUCUCGGCAACAUCGACGGGGUAGUCUUCCCUUCUGGUUCUACCACGUCGCAUCACAUGUCGGAUGUCGCAAGACUGCAUAAGGAGUCGGCACCAGCAGGGGAGCCUGUUCCAUAUCCAAGCGUGUCACCAGACUCCCCGACUCUGAGUGCAGCGACAACACGAGCAUCGGGCGGUGGUUGCCCCAACGGCCGACUGACGUUCGAGCUCGUCACGGGAUACGUGUACAGCGCUCCGUCGGACACGAUCGAGCUGAAGCCCGGCACGCUGCAGCUGACCGACUGCCUGGACCACUGCCGCCGCAACGCGUCGUGCCAGUCGGUGAACUUCGAGACGGGCCUGUGCGUUCUCUUCACUUCGAGCGCCACCGAGCGGCCGGCGUCGUUGGCCAUCUCGCAGUUUCCCGUGUUCACGCUCUACGCGCAGAAGAUAUGCCUAUUCGGAAAACGUCGCUGCAAUCGUGACUGGGCCUUCGAGCGCGUCACGGGCUACGCGCUGCGAGACCUGGCGAGAAAGCGUCUCCACGCCGUGGCUCGCGAGGAGUGCAUGGACCUGUGCCUGGACGAGACCGAGUUCCAGUGCCGCUCGGCCAACUUCGACCCGUCGUCUGGAGAGUGCGCCAUCAGCGACAUGGACCGGCACUCGGUGGUCGGGGAUCGGUACUUCGUGCCAGCGGCAGAGACCAGCGAGUACCUGGAAAGCAACUGCGUCGACGAGUCGGUUCGGCUGUGCGAGUUCCGCACGGUGAGCGGCAAGAUCCUGAAGACGGUGGACGCCGUGUUCCAGAACGUUACCACCCUGGAUGACUGCCGGCGGCUGUGCCUCAGCGUGCCCUACCGCUGCCACUCGUUCGACCUGGGCGACCCGGACAACAGCGUGUGCCGCAUCAGCCACCACGCGAGGGCGUCGCUGUCGCACAUCGAGAACCCCUACCUCGAGAUACCCGGCGCCGCCACCAACGAGCUCGCAGCAUGCUACAACGUGACAAUUCAGUGCAAGGCGCGUGAGAUGGUCGCCAUGGUGAAGACGAGCAAGAUCUUCAACGGGAAGGUGUACGCCAAGGCGAGGCCCAACUCCUGCGUCACCGACGUCAUCAACAGCCUCGACUUCCAGAUACGCAUGGCCUACCACGAGCUCGACUGCGAUGUCAAGCAGGAGAACCUGGGCCAGUUCUCGACCGACAUCGUGAUUCAACACCACGACAUGAUCGUGACCAAUCAGGACCUUGGCCUGUCCGUGCACUGCCAGUACGACCUCGCCAACCGGAGCGUCUCCAACGGGGUGCAACUCGAGGUCGACGGGCGCGAAGUGGAGACGUCGCAGAGCCAGCUGGCCACGGUGAGCUCUCCGAACGUGACGAUGCGCAUCACCGAUCGUCAAGGCGACGACGUGUUCACCGCUCAAGUGGGAGACCCCCUGGCGCUUCGAUUCGAGAUAAUCGACAGCAACAGUCCGUACGAGAUCUUCGUGCGGGAGUUGGUCGCCAUGGAUGGUGUGGACAGCAGCGAGAUUUUGUUGGUCGAUAGCCACGGGUGCCCCACAGACCGCACCAUCAUGGGACCCCUGCACAAGGUCAACGAGGACGGCAAGGUCCUUCAUGCGCCCUUCGACGCCUUCAAGUUUCCGACGUCCGAGAUUGUCCAGUUCAAGGCGCUCGUGACACCCUGUCUGCCGACCUGCGAACCGGCCCGGUGUUCGGAGAAGGGUCAGACCCCGUACGGACGCGAGGUGGACUCCUUCGGUCGCAGGCGUCGCCGGUGGACCGAACAAGGCGUCCACGGCGAGAACGGGGAGGGCCGUCGCUCUCGUCGAUCGUCGUCCUCGCCGGCGACCGGUGGUGACGAGGAAGACGACGAGCUCGUCGUCGUGCAGACGAUCCACAUCACGGACAAGUUCGGCUUCGCCCGGUCGCAGCACAAGGACGGCGAGAACGGAGUGGACGGCUCCUCGAAACAGGAUACUAUGAUGCUGUCCACGGACGGGUCGAGUUGCAUCAACGUGGUCGGUCUCAUCGUGGCCUGCUCCAUGUUCCUCAUGGCACAGGUGGUCCUUCUGCUCGUCUGGGGUUGCGUCUGGCAACGCAGGCGCCGCAACAAGCUCGACGAGUGCAACACGCCCAGCAUCGACAUCCUCUACUCGUCCUCCAGAGAAAGCAGCGUGCGGUACACGAGAGAUGGCGCCACCAGUCGUCAAGCAGCCGGCAGCGCGGCGUUCAACUCUCUCUUUAACGGUCCUUGCCGGCACCUGCAGUCCAGGCGCUGAAAGAUUCAAGAUCUCUCGCGCGAACAUCUAUACAUACUAUACACACAACACAUGUGCACGGCCGGCGCAAGCAA